AUAGCUUUCAAAGAUAUCGCUACCAAAACAACAACACUCGAAACAAAAGACAGCUAAAGGGUUCUAGUUUUAAGGAUGGUUCUUGGAAACUCCUCCAAUCACAAAUCUCAUCAUCAUCAUCAUAAUCAUCACCACCGGGACUCGAUGAAGGAGUUCAGAGCUGUCUUUUCAGCAGAAGAUCCGAUUCAGGGCUUCGAGUAUGCAGAUGUGAGGAGGUCGAAGAGCGAGAAGAUGGGCACGAGAGAGGUUGCAAAAGCGGAGGAUGUUGACAAAGAGGCAGAGGAGUUCAUCAAGUUUGAGCAUACGAAGUUCAGUAAGUGGAUGACUAAGAGCGCCUAGUGUAUGCCGUAUGCGGACAAAGAAUAAGAAAUGAUAAAAGCUAGUGGCAUACCAUAUUGGCAUAUUCUAUAUAGAUUGUAUUAAAUGAUAUUGUGUUCUUCUUCUUCUUGUUUUUAUUUUUGUUUUGUAACAAAAUGGGUGCUCUUGUUACCUUUGUCUACAAAAGGUGCAUGGAAAUAAAGACUAUGAUUAGUACUAAACGUAA